GCAAGAACACACAUACUAUAGACAGAUCUCGGACUCAAGAUGAUUAUGCUGAUGUGGAUUACAAGGAUGCUUUUUAAUCAAAUUGAUUUUGCACUGACAAGCGGUAUCAAUCAGCCAACCCCAAUGAUCACUGCUGAUGUUGGUGAUAAUAUGACUUUGCACUGCUUUCAAAUAGAAAAGGAAAAUACUGAACCUGUCAUUUGGUACAAGCAAAAAAUAGGACAUGAGCCUCAUGUAAUGGUCACGGUUCAUCAUACACCUACUUAUGAAAAGAAGUUCAAGUCACCAAGAUUCAACAUUGAGAAAGAAAAAGGGGGCUGCCAUUUAAAAAUUUCUAAUGUGCAACCAUCAGAUGAAGCUAUGUAUUACUGUGGAAUUCUAAACUAUGAAAAGGCGUUUGGAAAAGGAACAUUUUUAUCAGUGAAAGGUAAACCAGAUUUAAGCGUCUCCGUGUUCCAGAGCGGCGGGUUGGACUCGGUUCCUGCAGGAGCGUCAGUGACUCUGCAGUGCUCGGUUCUCUCUGAGAGCAGAGCAGCAGAACUCCAAGUGCUCUGGUUCAGAGCUGCUCCACCACAAUCCCAUCCUCAAAUCAUUUACACUCAUCACAACAGCAGCCAUCAGUGUGAGAGCGGCUCUUCUACACACACCUGUGUGUACAACUUCUCCAAGAACAUCCUCAGCCUCAGUGAUACUGGGACUUACUACUGCGCUGUGGUUCUGUGUGGGAAGAUUGUUUUUGGAAACGGAACACAAGUACAACUGGAGAGCUCUGUGGAUCCUGUAGUGAUCGGCCUCGCUGUAGCUUUGGGAGUGUGUGUGGUUAUGAUCUUUGCUUUAACCUUUGCUGCAACUUGUAAAAGCAGAAAUCAUGAACUAUAUAAAGAGAGAUUAAAAGAAGGUUCAGUGACAAAUAAAAGCCACAAUCAGGAGUCUGAUAAUAUGGAGCUGAGUUAUGCUGCCUUACAUUUUAAUGGGAGGAGAACCAAAAGAGGAAGAGUAAAGAAACACCAAUCGCAAGAUAUUAUAUAUUCAGAUGUGCAAUGUCCUCCUAUAACUUAGAUUUAGUCUUUAAGCUGAUUUAGUGUCAAUAAUUUACAUAGGUAUCAGGUU